GGAGUUACGGUGGCUAUAUAAGCGAAUUCACAAGGAUAGAGUUGAUCUGGCACGGCCCAUGCUUAUCCAGCUUAAACGGAUGAAGGACCUGCAGUACGAACAUCUGGUACGGUUCAUAGGCGUGUGUGUGGACAGCAAGCCGUACUGCGCCGUGUUCACCGAGUACUGCCCAAAAGGUUCUCUCCAGGACCUGCUAGAGAACGAGGACGUCAAACUGGACUCCAUGUUUAAGAUGUCUCUAAUGCAUGACAUUGUUAAGGGCAUGGCUUUCCUCCACUCAACUGAGCUUCGAACCCACGGCAAUCUCAAAUCCAGCAACUGCGUCGUGGACUCCAGAUUCGUCCUCAAACUGACAGACUUUGGCCUCCACAACCUUAGAGAGCGAGUCUACUCUCAGGAAGAUUAUGUCUAUUGGAAGAGAAAGCUGUGGACGGCUCCAGAGAUCCUCAGACACCCCAACCCCCCUGAAGAAGGCACUCAGAAGGCAGAUGUCUACUCCUUCGCCAUCAUUGUCCACGAAAUCAUCUACCGGAUGGGCCCCUUCUACGUCAGAAACGAAGGCCUUUCAGCUAAACGUGAGUACCUCUGA